UGUCUGCUCCUUCUACAGGAAGACCAAAGGAAAGGCAGAUAGACGUGGAAAAACAAAGAGAGAGAGACAUGGAGAAAGCAAUGUAAGAGAGAGAGAAUGAGAUAUAUAUUAAAAUGAACCGAUAUGUCUUGAAGUUCAACAGCUUCAAUUUUCCAAUUCCUCUCCACCGAAUCCCUCAAAAUUGAGAACCCACCUCUAAAAACCAUCCCUCUUCAAAACCCAGUUCUUAUUUUCUCUUAAUUUCAUCAAUUUUUCAAUCUUUUUUUGUAAUCACUGCAUCUCCCCUGUUUCAAGCUCUGUUUUUAUUCAAGUUCUGGUUUUCUGAGCUUCUCUCAGUUCCAAAAUCAGACCUUUUCAUUCAUGUGAAUAUAGCUUUCUAUUUCUGCUGUCUUUAUGAUCUUGUCUGUUUUGGUUUCUUCUUGAAUGGGUUAAUUUUGUCCUAUUUUUAGCUCAACCAAAACAAAUUCAAAUUUAUAGAACACGAUCCCCCAAUUCCCUCUAACUUUCUUGGAGAUUUUUUUUAUCCAUCUCUAUUUUUCAAAUUCUAUACACACUCUUACUCCUCCAGUUUUCCUUUCUUUCCACUGAUAACAAAUUUUAAACCUUCUCUCUUUCAAAAUUCUGCCUCACAAAACUUAUUUUCACUAUGAAAAUCCCCAAAGACAGAGUUAGAUUCAAUGUGGGAGGCAGAGUCUUUGAAACUACCUCAACAACGUUAGCCAAUGCAGGCAGAAACUCCUUUUUUGGUGCAUUAUUCAAUGAAAACUGGACCUUAAAACAACCAAAUAAUGACUCGUUUUCCCAUUGUGAAUUCUUCAUUGAUAGAAACCCUGAUUGUUUCUCUGUUCUCCUUGAUCUCCUUCGCACCGGCGACCUCAAUAUCCCUCCAAACAUCCCUGAAAGACAACUCUACAGAGAGGCCUCCUUUUAUGGUUUAUUAGACCAUGUAAGAUCAGCUAAAUGGGGCCAAUUUGAUGGCAACAGGCUUCGCCAUUCGCGGUCCGUUACAGGACAGGCACCAGGGGAUGGGACCGCGAUUCGUGCUGGUCCUGAUGGUGGCUGCUGUGUGGCUCAUGGUAGUGUUGUUCAUGUUUAUGAUUGGAUUAUGGAGGAGUACCCUCCAUUGAAUCUUGAUUAUCAAAGAGUCAAUGAUGUUGGCUGGGUAGAUGGCGAGAGCAUAAUUAUUAGUGCUUGUGAGAAAUUAGGCCGCGGGGACGGAGGGAUGGGGUUGUUUAGUAAGAGUACAGGAGAAUUGAGGUAUAAGUUUCAGGUUUGCCAUGAGAAUCAAGUGAAGAGUUUCACAGCUGGGGCUUUAAGUACUAGUUCUGAUUAUAAGAUAUUUAGUAGUUGUAAAGGGAGGAGUAAUGAGUAUGGGAUUGGGGUUUGGGAUCAAGUUACUGGAAAACAGAUUGAUUUCUUUUACGAGAGUCCAGGAUGGUCAUUAGGUGAUGCUGAUAAGUUGCAAUGGUUGAAUGGGAGCAAUUGUUUGUUGGUGGCUACUUUGUUUCCUAGGAAAGAUAACUGCUACAUUAGUAUGUUGGACUUUAGGGAUAAGAGGAUGGUAUGGUCUUGGUCUGAUUUUGGCGCUCCUAUAACUGUGGACGAGAAGCGAGUGCGAGAUGCUAUAGCUAUGGAGGAUAAUAAUGCUAUUUGUGUGGUGAAUGAAUAUGAGGAUUUGGGGUUUAUGGAUUUGAGAAUGAAUGGAGGGAGUGUGAGGUGGAGCUCAAGAAGUCGGAUGAUGAAAGGGAAACUGUCUGAUGAGCCUUGCUAUCCCAAACUGGCUUUACACGAGGGGCAGUUGUUUUCAUCUAUGGAUGACUGCAUUUCUGUGUUCUGUGGUCCUGAUUGGGUUUUGACAUCUAGGCUUCGCCAGAGUUAUGGAGGUUCAAUCUGUGACUUUUCAAUUGGUGGGGAUCGGCUCUUUGCACUUCACAGUGAGGAAAAUGUAUUUGAUGUAUGGGAGACUCCACCUCCACCAAUUUCAUGAUUCAGGAUAUGGUAUGCAUGGUUUCAUAUCUAUGCUAUUAUAUCCUCUUAUAAAUGGUUUUACUCUCCUUUUCCCUUUAGAUUAUAGAAAGAGAUAGAGAUGAAUCUUCUUAGAAAUUACAGCUUAGAGAACCUUGAAAUAGAGAGCUCUAAUAGUUGUGUGUGUGUACAGAUUAUAACUACCGUAUAAUUUAGAGUUGCUGAAUCUGUAAGGGUUAUGUCCAUUGUCACAGAAAUGAAACAGAUUGCUUAUUAUUACAGAAAAGAAACUGAUUGUUCCGAUGCUGUAGUGGCACAUCUUGGAGGUUCAUGUGAUCAUUGAAUGGUGUUUCCAGAAAUGAAUAUGUUGAACUUUCCUUA